AUGCCUUAUAGCUGCACAUCUCCCACAUCAACCACCGAAGAGGAUUGGAUAAAUGAGAUAUUCGAGUAUUCCCCUUUCGGAAACAUCCACGAAGACAGCUUCUCCCCGCUUCUGGUUCCUGUUUUCAGCCCACAAAAAGCCAAAGAAUCUGCGCCCGAACACGAGGAUCUUUUCAGCGGCGUUUCUUCAAACAACACGUCGGCUACAACCCCUGGCGCCACAAUUCACAUCAAAGACCCCAAUCAUCAGAGCCAUACCUUUUUUGAUAGUGUGAGCUGUAAACUCCAGAGGCUCAAGGAGAGCAACAGCUUGACACCAAAAGCACUUGAGUGGUUGUUCAACACGCAGGAUGUGCUUGCCGAUUCGGUUGACUGGCAGACCGAACAGAAACACAGAAACAGGCGGUCACGUGCGUUCUCCAGUCAGGGUCUGGAGGGUGGCCCGAAGAGCUCGUGUCAUUUGCGGCAAAAAGCAGGAUCCAUGCACUCACAAGGCCUUGCCAAGAGAAGAUCAUCCAGGGGAAAAACAAACAAGUCCAUUUUUCCUCAUGGAAUGCAUUCGCUUCAGACACUGCCCUACAAUUCAAGAAGAAGCUCGUUCACCAAUUUCCUGACAUAUGGCAGCCCAGAAAAUGAGCCUUCUUCGAGCCUCUCAGUUCCCCAGUCGUGCUGCGAGUCGCCAUUCCACGAAUCCUGGAGCUACACGCCAUAUUUCCCCCGAUCCGGGGCCGGCACCCCCGGCACGCAAUCUACUGAUUUCAGUGGGCUUGGGCCAUCAGCGGCUUUAUUUGACCAAGAAAAUGCCACACUUCUGCACGCUGAGUUUUUUCCUAUAAGUGAGGCGGCGUCACGCUCGGACGUGUCUCCCAUUGCCGAGGCCCCUGCCAUGUAUUCUGAAUAUACUGGGCCCAGUCAGCAGCCCGCAACAGAAAACUGCGUAUUGCACGAUACUGCUGUUCAGGACGCCCUAGCAUAUAUUGAUUAUUUGCAGGAGGAGAACCAGUUCCAACAAGCUCGCCUCGAGGGUGUUGUUUAA